AUAAGAAGUAUACUUUAUCCAUUGCGUAGUGACAACGGCCGUAUUUCCCUAUUAUGUAGAUCAAAAGCUCAAAUUCGAAGCUUUGUUGUUAAUGGCGGACGACCAUCGCCAUACAUAACUAAUUCACUCGCCCUAGCUCCCUUUACCGGUGAACAUGGCUGCCUCUCUCAUUCUUCCUUCCUCUCCUUCCUCCUCUUACUCCUCCUCCUUCCUCACCCGUUCAAAUUUCUUCCCCCACAACUCUCGCUCCGCAACUUGCAUUUGUUACACCUUCUGUAGUCUGCCUGAAUCGAGUAGAUUUGGUAAUGGGAAACCUAUUGUUCCUAUUCUUAAUGAGCGUAGUUUGCCGGAGUUCUUGGAAUCGGCUAGAAUGGGGAAACCGCUUGAUAGAAGCAAUAACCGUUUGAAAUUGUUUUCUGGUACUGCGAAUCUUGCACUAUCUCAGGAAGUUUCUAGGUAUAUGGGCUUGGAACUUUCGAAGGUUAACAUCAAGCGAUUUGCUGAUGGAGAAAUUUAUGUCCAGUUGAAAGAGAGUGUGAGAGGAUGUGAUGUUUACAUAAUACAGCCCACUUGCCCUCCUGCCAAUGAGAAUCUCAUGGAGCUAUUUGUUAUGAUAGAUGCAUGUCGGAGAGCCUCCGCCAAAAACAUCACUGCAGUGAUCCCAUAUUUUGGGUAUGCCAGAGCUGACAGGAAGACUCAAGGCCGUGAAUCAAUUGCAGCCAAACUUGUCGCUAAUCUUAUAACAGAAGCAGGUGCCAAUCGUGUUCUUGCUUGUGACCUCCAUUCUGGACAGUCGAUGGGCUACUUUGAUAUACCAGUUGAUCAUGUAUACUGUGAGCCUGUGAUUCUAGAUUAUCUUGCCAGCAAGACAAUUUGUUACAAUGAUCUGGUUGUGGUCUCUCCUGAUGUUGGUGGUGUUGCAAGAGCUCGUGCUUUUGCCAAAAAAUUAUCCGAUGCUCCUUUAGCAAUUGUGGACAAAAGGCGCCAAGCGCACAAUGUUGCCGAGGUGAUGAACCUUAUUGGUGACGUUAAAGGAAAAGUUGCCGUCAUGGUGGAUGACAUGAUUGACACUGCUGGGACUAUUUCAAAAGGAGCGGCUCUUCUACAUCAAGAGGGUGCUAGGGAAGUCUAUGCUUGCUGCACUCAUGCUGUAUUUAGCCCCCCGGCGAUUGAGAGGCUAUCAAGCGGCCUGUUUCAAGAGGUGAUAGUUACGAAUACGAUCCCAGCAAUCACAGAAAACUACUUCCCUCAGUUAACCGUUCUUUCGGUAGCAAAUCUUUUGGGCGAAACCAUUUGGCGAGUUCAUGACGAUUGCUCUGUGAGUAGCAUUUUUAAAUAAGAUCAAAUUGAAGUGAUCCCCAUAGCCUUCUAAAACAACACUUCAAGGAUUCCUGCCUUAUUUUACUACAGCUAUUGUUUUGUUUUGUUUUGUUUUGUUUUCUUAGUUUGAUUCUUUUUUCUCUCUUUUUUAAAUCACCCAUUCUUAAUUACUCCUCCUAGUUCUCUAUUAGAAUAACUUGUUGUAGUAAUUCAUAUGGGGGAGUUUUACUCUUAAGACAUUAUUGAAUUUUGUAAUUCUACAUAUAUUAACAGUUUUAUAUCUUCAUAGAAGUUAGUGUUUUGUUUGAA